AUGAUGAGCUUCAUUCACGGCGUUCUGUGGAUCUUCACCUUGCCCUUGCUCCUGGGCUGGUUCUGCACGUCGCUGAUCAUUAUGUUUGUUCUGCAAGAGCUGUGCUUCAUGGCACUGGCAACUUGCUAUGGUGAGCUGCACCCGGAGAUCGGGCACCGCGGCAUUGAAACGGUCGCUGCCACCCCGGCAGCGAUGAACGUCAAGGAGAUGGAUAUCUUCCACUUCGAGGAAAAGUACCGGGGCAGUUGGAUCCUAUACCGGAAGAUCCAGUGGCGCGUGGCGCCCCACUACUACCUCUUCUGGACCUUCCAGGCUUCCCCAAGAAGGGUUUCUUUCAGGGUUCAUGUAAGGGUUCGCUUAAAGGUCCGAUGA